CAGAUAUUUCUUUACUUCCGGUAUUGCGCUGGGUUUUUCUCGUGGUUAAUGGUUGUUCAACCUUUUUUGUCUCUGUGAAAAAAAGUUAAAGAUCUGAGUGUCUCUGUAGUGUAUUGUUGGAUUUAUUCUACAAUAAAGAACAAGUAUGCCGAAGAAUAAAGGAAAGGGAGGUAAAAACAGGAGAAGGGGAAAGAACGAGAAUGAAAAUGAGAAGAGAGAGUUAGUCUUCAAAGAGGAUGGUCAAGAAUAUGCGCAAGUGACAAAAAUGUUGGGGAAUGGUCGACUAGAGGCACAGUGUUUUGAUGGUGUAAAGAGGUUGUGUCACAUCAGAGGAAAGCUCCGAAAGAAGGUGUGGAUUAAUGGAGGUGAUAUUAUACUUCUGGGCCUCAGAGAAUUUCAAGACACAAAAGCUGAUGUUAUUCUUAAAUACACCGCAGAUGAAGCCAGAAAUCUGAAGGCAUACGGAGAACUCCCAGAAUCAACAAGAAUCAAUGAGAAUGUCAAUGAAGAUGAAGCAGAAGACAACAUUGAAUUUGGAGACUUUGAUGGAGAUGAUGAUGAUAUUGAUGAUGUAAGUAUUCUUGAGCUAAAAUACAGGUUGUUUAUGUACUAGUUUACUAAGAUGUUUCUGUGAUUUUCAGAUUGCUGUGAAAUAGGAGAUACUUCUCCUAUCUGUUCAUAGUUUUAAGAUAUUGAUUAUUGUAUUAAUUCUAUCAACAAAAACGUAGUCUGUCACUACUCCAACAAGUUAGAGCCUUGGAGGCGGUUAAUGUCCCUUAUAUACCUCGGUUAAGAGGCACCAAGUCAAAAGUACUCGCUGUGAACCUCUAGCAUGCUGGAGUAUUGUCAGUCACCUGACUGAUCACUUCUCUUAAAGAUGAAUGUAUUUUACGUGUAUGAACUAUAUCAUGUUCAUGUUUUUAAAAAUAUUUUUUACAGUUAUAAUUAAAAGAUCUUUGCUGGAGCAUCUGAAGUAUACACCUUUUCUACAGAAUUGAAGAAAUCGGAUGUUUUGGGAGACGGCCCCCGAGAUAGUCGUUCGUUUCGUACAUGAUAUCGUAGACUUAUGUUGAUUAUGUCUGUUGUUUUUGAAGGUUUGAACUUUGGAUUGCCCUGAAAAUAUAACUUUAAUUUAGACGAUUUAAACUCAAGACGUGUUCUUAUGUGGAAGAAACUUCUGAUAGAAAAAAAAAGAUUUAAUGAUCACUUCUCACCUCAAAAACAAUACGGGAACACUGGAGUUAUUUAUUGCAGUGAGAUUAGAAAUGAAAUACAUAUUACAUGGAAAAGUUUACUUAUAUAUGUAUAUUAUCUGCCAUGUAUUUGCAUGCAGAGUAUGUCUCUAAUACAUAGGUACAUACUUUGGUGUUUUUACAUGUUGUCCGACAAUAGUCAUUAUUACAAAGCAUAGGACACAUUGGUGUAUUUGAUAAUUUUUACCACUUUAUUGAAAUUUGAUGUCUUUGUGUCAGCUACAUAGUAUUGUUGUGACUGAUGUAAAUAUUUAUGUAUAAUGAAUAUGCAUCAUGUGUGGGUUCGUAACAAAAACAUUUAACCAACUAUAUACAUUGAUAACACCUUUCUUGUGCGAUUCUUGAUAAAAGUCUAUUUUAUUUUAAAAUAAAUUUUUGACAUUUCAUUUCUGAUAGUAGUCCAACACCUAAUGCAUUUUCAAAUGGAAUUAUCUUGCAUUUGUGUACAAGCAAAGCUAGUAAGAUUUAAAGUAGACUUUAUAUGAUUUGGGUUAGUCUUUGCUGGGGGGUGGGGGGUGUUCAGGUGGGAGUUGUUGAAAAAUCAACAUACUAAAUGAUUCUAUUUACAUUCUAUAUUUCUCUUUAUCUGCCAUGAAGUGCUUUGGUACAGUCUACUGCUUCCUUUCGUCUGUUUAAUAGUAUUGCAUUUAAACUUUAUGUACAUGAUCCUUUUAAGCAGUUACUUUUUGGAUGAAUUUUAUAUAUCAAUACAUGUACAUGCAAAUUUGUCCAAUCAUGAUGUUCUGUUUUCUUCACAGAAACUUCACACAUCCUUUAUGAAAUAAAAUAAAAUACAUCUUUGUGAUAAAAA